CAUCUCUAAAGUCUGGCAUGCGAAUAUAAUUUUCUUGAUUCAUCAUAGCUUUCAUUCAGCAGUUAGUAAACAAAAUCAGGGUAGCUUUCAUUCAGUAGUGAGUAAACAAAAUCAGUGCUGAACAUACUACAAAAAUAUGCAUGCAAUGAGGGCAAUGCCCAAACAUACAAGGCGCGCGUGUCUCUUCGUGAAGGUAGCUUAUCUCUUGGUUUUUUACUUAACCCAGACUUACCCUCUAUUAUUCUUGCUAGCUGUGGCUGCUGCCCCUCGAGACGAAGGCGAACAAAGGUUACAGACGAAGGCGAUCAUAUGUUCGAGUGCAGAGCCACAACCUACCCGUCAAGACGGCCAAGUACAGAUGCACAAAUCUGGAGAGAGAGAAAAAAACAAAACAAAACAGGUCACCAGACACUGCUCACAUCUAUAUCUAUCUAUAUAUAAAGCCCAUUGGACUGUGGACGAGAGAGAGAGAGAGAGAGAGAGAGCGCUGGCAAUGGCGGGAGCCGACGACCUGAAGGUGCUGGGCCUGUGGACGAGCCCGUUUGUGAUCCGAGUCCGCAUCGUGCUCAACCUCAAGGGCCUGGCGUACGAGUACGUGGAGGACGACCUCAGCAACAAGAGCGCGCUCCUGCUCAGCUCCAACCCGGUGCACAAGACCGUGCCCGUGCUGCUCCACGCGGGUCGCCCCGUAAACGAGUCCCAGAUCAUCCUGCAGUACAUCGACGAGGUCUGGGCGGGGACCGGGCCGGCCGUGCUGCCGCGCGACCCCUACGAGCGCGCGGCCGCGCGGUUCUGGGCGGCCUACAUCGACGACAAGGUGAAGUCCGCGUGGCUGGGCAUGCUGUUCGAGUGCAGGGACGAGGGGGAGCGGGCGGAGGCGGUGGCGCGGGCCGGCGAGGCGCUCGGGACGCUGGAGGGCGCGCUCAGGGGGAAGCCCUUCUUCGGCGGCGACGGCGUCGGCUUCGUGGACGCCGUGCUCGGCGGGUACCUCGGCUGGUUCGGGGCCGUCGGCAGGAUCAUCGGCCGCAGGCUCAUCGACCCGGCCAAGACGCCGCUGCUGGCCGCGUGGGAGGACCGGUUCCGCGCCGCCGACGUGGCCAAGGGCGUCGUGCCGGACGACGUCGACAAGAUGCUCGCGUUCCUGGAGACCCUGCUCGCGAACUACUACUCCAAGUGACUGUACUGAGAGCGAACUACUGCUCCAAGUGACUAAAUAAGAAGGGCUGCUUAAUUAAUAAUUACAGUAUAUAAUUGUGC